AUGCUUCAGUGGCUGGCAGGGCUUAAGAACAAACAGCAUCAUGAGACUCUAAAACAGUGUAUUAAAAAGGCAUUUAGUGGCUUGCAUAAAGACCCCUCACAGCUUGCUCUUUCUGUCAACGGAUCUCACAUCAGACCCAAAGAUGUCUUCGACAUACUCCAGCUUACCACCAUGUUCGCAGGUUCGGUGCUUACAUCCAUUGCGCCUAAGUGGAAGGCAAACGUGUCAUCAAGAAUCGUGAACCCUAACUCUUCCACCCAAUCUGACGAGCCUGAUUGCUGCGCCCUCCUCUGCCAUCUGCGUGACUACGUGUACGCCUGCUGCCACCAGUUGGCGUUCCUGAAGUCGCAGUGUAAUCGGGACAAAUCCCUUGGUGGUUGGCAGGAUUGCCACUACGGCAGCGAUAUCACUUCUUCCAACUCCCCCCUCCAGGCGUUCCUGACUGACAGCUGGGACUCCACCUUCGACACUCACCUCUUCGACCCAUGUAACAUCUGCCUCAAGAGCAGAGUCAGGAUGGGAUUUAAGAAAGUGGAUUUGCCUAAGAUAUGGCAACCGGGAAGUGUCAUUUCCUCCAUCCUCACUCCCAGCUGCGGCGGUGAGGACCAUGAUGCGAUACGCGGUGCAAAUUAG